UUGUGUGCUACUUCAUGCCAAUAGUCAGUCAGUAGUGUAUUCGCAGUCCUCGGAAUUAGUAUUUAAGACGCUGCUCAGUGAACCGGUUUGUUUUGUUCGAUCAUUCCACAUUGCAGGCAUUAUAUAAAUAGAUAUACCCAUUGCUUUUCUUCUGCUGUGUACCUUAAAAGCGCUAGCAAUUGCAUUCGAUACUGGAAAGUCAGUUUGCCGGAGUAUAGCAAAGCCUGGAAGCUAGACAGUCGAAGCCGAAAAGUGAUAAUUUUUUGUGCUAACAUAGUGCUAAAGUGUUCUUAUUAGUGAAACAUCUCCCUGACGGUUGCGUACGUUUCGUUCGAUUUGUGAAUGAGACAACCUUAUCUGCCAAGGUUACAACAAUCGAAAUAAGGCUGUGAGAAGUGAAAUCGCUGUCGUCAUUCAGUGGCGUCGAGGCUGCAAAUCGAGCUCCUCCUUUCGGAGUUUAGUCGUACGUCUAUCGGUAUCAGACAAUCCAUCAUCGCAAAACAUCUAGCAGCUACCUACUGCUGAAAACGCACAUCUAGAUUCAUUGCGAAACGAACCGAAAAUGCUAUCGCAUCUAUUGAAGGAGAAUGCCAGUGUGACUGUCAGCACCGGAAAUGUGCUGAACGUUAGCGACCUCCGGAAGAAAGCUGGCCAGAAACCAACCGAUGAGUUGGUGGAUUGUCUGCGGUCAACUUUCGCGGAGGCGGAGGUUGUUGAGUCUAGUGGGUCCCGUCUGGUGACACGCAAGAACAAUGACCUGUUGGAGAAGAUGAAGGAACACACGCGUACGGAUAUUAAGAUCGGGGCGAAAAUUUUCCUAAACCAUUACUCAGAGACCUGUUUGACGGAGGCUGUUGAGAAACUGUUCGAAACAUUGAAUGUUUCCUACUUGGACAAUCUAAUUUUGGCUUUCCAUCCGCGGGCGGUAGAGAGCAGUGCCGGAGGAGAAACCAACGGCGAAGUGAAGGAGGGCAUUAUUGAGUGGGCAGUGGGAAGCGACAAUGCUGUGGGCAAUCUGAGGAAACUGUGGAGCAUUCUGGAGAAGUAUGCCACGGAUAAGAAAAUCGGACAGCUUGGCAUUGCGGAUUUGGAUGUGGACUCGUUGACAGAUUUGUUCGAAGGCUCCACGGUACAUCCGACGAUCACGCAGAUCAAUCUGGCUGCGUGCUGUGUGGUGCCACCGCAGUUACAAGAAUACUGUAGCCAGAACGAGAUUCAACUGUUGACGCACAGUGAUCCACAAGAACUCUUGCCUCGCCUGAUGCUGGACGAUCUGGAGCUGAGCGCCUACCGUGCCGCUUGGACCACCCGUUACCAGGUGCACAUCAAAUGCCGAGGGGUACUGGCAGCGAAGGGAUUCAUCGUCAGCUUAGCUCAUAAUUAGAUGUUUUUUAGACACCAGGAGAAUAUUUCUAACCAGAUAUACAUACACAUAAGAAUUCAUGUUGAUUGGUCAAUCGUGUCCAGUAGGGUAUAAUUGCUCAGCUUGAUGGAAUCUGCAACCGGAUGCUUAACAAACAGACAAACUGUCCAACGAAAACUUUAUCCGUUAGAAAUAUUUACCAACUUCGAUGAAAGGUAACAAGCAAAGCACGCUUUCAAUGGGAAAAUAUGUAUUCAUGUGCCGCACUGUAGUAGCAAGUAGUUGAAGCAGAGAACACUCCGCUUACAUUUUUGUUAGUCACUGUUGUAUGGGAAAGUCGACAUAAAGGCUGCGGCUUAGUCGGCUUACUGGGUUCGCUCCCUCGCUACUUGUAUGUUCCGGAGCAAUGUUGAAUGCAACCGACGAAACCGUGUAAUGGAAUAAAUAAAUACCUCUACAAGAAGUAUCGAUGUUAACGAACACUAGAUUGCAGUACUGUAUUUAAUACAAACCAGAAAAAGGAAACAUGUAGCAGACUACGAUGUGAUGUAGGCAUUAUGUACAACUUAAUAGCACUAUCAAAUGAGAAGGCACGUAGACCGAACGUUUGACAAGAAGAAAGCGAAAUGGAUAGAGGGAUAGAAGUACAUUUUUACUUUAGAAUUUCUACAAAGUGAAUAUGAUUUCUGUUGAGUUUAAAUUUUUUAGUUUUUAUUCCGAAGCAUUUCUUAACAUCUGUGGGUGUUACUUUUACUGCAAAUAGUUUGUGUAGCAUGUUAAUUAUUUUUAGAGCUUUCGAUGAUAGUUUUUGUCACUUAUUUUCCAUAAUGAACAGAUACAAACAGGGGAAACGAAAUUGAAUGGAGUGAAAUAAAUGGCAGUGGAAACCGAA